AUGACGUCCUUGCGGCGAGUCACUGCCGCUACCAGCUCGGCGACCCUCCGACUGAUAGCCUUCAUCUUUCUGCGAUGGAUUCCUGGUCAUCACUUUGUUCCGAUUGUCUUCACCUCGUUAGCGGUGUAUCUCUCGACCCUCUUCUCGCUGCUCCGAGACGACUGUGGCCAGAAUGGCCGCAAGGAGAAAACUCGCAAAUGCGCUUCCCAAAUUCCAUCCACGUCUGUCAAGGCCAAACACAGUGAUUUCGCGCUGAAAACCCUGUUGACAGGUCUGCCUUCAGCUCGCUCCCAGGCACUGACGUGGACAACUGCUCUGGUCAACGUGCUACUGGCAUUACUGACUCUGGACUUCUUAAUCCGGGGAUUGGUUCUCUACCCAUCUAACGACGUGUCCUUUGCGCGCAUUGGCUAUAUCUCCCCAACCACAGCCAACCUGCUCCUUCGUGAACCGGACCCAGCCCAAUGGCCCGUGGUGGUCUCCUACCAAGAAGAGGCCGCCAAAAACUGGAUGGAAGAAGGCAAAAUAUACAAGCUAGACAAUAGCACCGACUUCACUGCUGCCGUGACGCUCAAGAAGCUUAAGCCAGCCACGCACUACCGCUACUCGCUGUCCAACAACAAGACUGGCUCCUUCGUCACAUCCCCGAAACCAGGCUCUUUAGCAGCUACGCGAAUGAGCUUCGUUACAUCCAGUUGCCUAAAACCAAAUUUCCCAUACAACAUCUUAUCUCAUCCGCUUCGCGUCCCAGGCAUCGAGCGGAUGAGUGCAGCCCUAAGCAAACUACCCACUCUCCUUCGGCCAGCAUUCAUGCUCUUCCUCGGCGACUUCAUCUACAUCGAUGUACCCUUCCGCUUUGGCUCUUCCAUGUCCCACUACCGCAGCGAGUACCGCCGCAUAUACUCCUCCCCGUCCUGGACCAUCACCCCAGCGGCCAACCAAUCCCGCGCCCUCGACCUCCCCUGGAUCCACACGCUAGACGACCACGAGAUUGAAAACGACUGGUCCGCCGGAAACAAGACGGCGCCGUAUCCCGCCGCCGCAGACCCCUUCAUCCACUACCAUGUGCGCGCGAACCCGCCCAUCCCGCGGAAUGCCUUCGCGCCGCCGGACGAGGUAACAUACUUCUCUUUCGUGCAUGGCCCGGCCUCGUUCUUUAUGCUGGAUACGCGGACGUACCGUUCCGAACCGGCGCAGGAGAACUCUACCAUCCUGGGCUCGGCACAGCUCCAGUCUCUCCUUGCAUACCUGUCUACGCCGGAGCCGGUAGGUGUGCGCUGGAAAUUUGUCGCCUCUAGCGUUCCAUUCACUAAGAACUGGCGCGUCGGCACGGCAGAUACAUGGGGCGGGUUCCUGGACGAGCGCCGCACGGUCUUCGAGGCAAUCUGGCGUGCAGAGCGCGAGCUCGGUAUCCGUGUCGUCCUUCUCAGCGGCGACCGCCAUGAGUUUGGGGCUACGCGUUUCCCAGAUCCAUCGCUGGAUAACCUCACUCCGUUGGAUUUUGCUGAGGGCGCCGGGCUAGGUGUCCAUGAGUUCAGCGUCGGUCCGCUGAGCAUGUUCUACCUCCCCAUUCGGUCGUAUUACCAAACGGACGACCAGGACGUGGCGGUUAAGUAUGUUCCCGAUGGGAACAGUAAGUUCGGAUUGAUUGAUAUUGAAGAUGGUCUUGAUGAGUUGGGUUCAAAAUCUGGUUCUGUACGCGCCUCCGUGCUCACGUACUCGCUUUACGUGGAUGGGAAUGUCGUUUGGAGGUAUCAGCUCAGCAUGCCGCUUGAUCGCGGCGCUGGUGCCGGUACUACUAAGUCUGCUUCACGACUCCCGCCUGGUAGGGUGCUGGAGGAUAAUGUUUUGCCUGCGGGGUGGAUUGUGCUUGCUCAGAAUGCCAUUGGAAGGGCAGAGGAGUUGGGCAAGUGUACGGCGCUGAAGGCGAGAGAUCUAUCCUAUGAUAUGUUAGAGAAGAUUUGGAAGACGGAGAGACUGGACUAG